CACAGUUGAAAAAAAAAAUCAUUGUACCAUCCAAAGUAAUACAAUGUCGACAGAUGCAGGUCUCGAGAUAAAUGCUUCGAACGCAAGUAUUAUUACUAUGCGAGUUGUUAUAAAUGAAGAUUCUCUGAAACGAUCUUAUCAAUCGAUUUAAUUGGAGAUUGGUUAUUGUCCGUUCAUGACCUAUAUUGCAUUUGCAUAUAUUGACUUCGUCCACAGAUCAACUUGAAACAAACGAAACUCUGGUUUGAUCCAACAACCCGACCGGUGUUUUAUAAUAAAACGGAUGUAGCAGAGCAACGCUUGUUGAUACUGUUGCUACAUGCUAAAUCAAAAGAAGUGAAACCAAAAAAAAAUUGCUGGCAAUGUAACCCAUGUCGAGUUCCAUGAGUAUUUUCGGGCGGCACAAUCUGUGUAAACAGGCACACCUUCGUUCAUUAAUUUGUUAGGUACGACGGUACCGUGCAACCUAAUGAAAUAACAUCAUUACCAAACUUCUUCACAUAUUCUGGUUUUUCGUUUUCUUACAAAGGCAGUGUUAUUCAUAAUUUAUACUUUGGAGAAACCAUAUCUUAAUUUGUUUACUGUAUUCGUAGGUUUCCUAGCUACUUAGCCAGAUUCCGCAUUUCUAUUUCCUUUACAACGCUCGAGCGUAACUAAUUCUAGCAGACGCAUUGUAUGAACUUGAACACACACACAACCACGGUAUAAAGUCUUUACGAAGUAUAUUAAAUAGAAACUAUGCUUAACAGUUUACUCACAACUAUACAGCUGACAGGUGGUCUCCGAGAUGUCAACAAACUAGAUGAAGUCUGUAUAUUCAAAGAAUGUUAGACAGAAACUCUUUCAAAUCACCUAAAUGAACAAGUUUCGUAAACUAGCAGCAUCAAAUUGAAAGACGCAUUGCAACUUCUAAUCAAAAAGAAUGAGAUAGUAGGCUGGAAUCAGAAAAAGCCUCUUUCUUUUCUUUCGUUGUAUAAAAUGCUCUCAUACAAUCAAACAAGUCGUAACGAAAAAAUAUCCAAUAAAGGAUUGAAUGGCUAGCUAAAGAGGAAGUUCUUUCAGUGAGGCGAAGCAGUUUACGCAUGGGCGGGAGCGGACAAUAAAUGAUAAUCUGAUCUAAGGGUUCGAAACAGGGCUGGUCGCUUUCUAACAACUGAUGUACAAGGCGGUGCGUUUUGAGGCUAAGCUACAUUGUGUGUGAUAGAAAGAACCUUUAUGCGUUCAACAAGUUUCCUGUAAUGGACAUGAUUUGACGCAUUUAUUUAAUAUAUCUUCUUCCUCAAAUUAUAUUCCGAAUUGUCUAUUAAGUGCCUUUCUUUUUAAUUAAUCGCCUCCUUUUUAAUUGCUUUGCACAUAUUUGAUCUUUUUGACGCCUCAUUAAUAUAUACCCCAAACAUGAAGCUACUAUCGUUAAUCGCAUUCACCACUUACUUUAUUAAGAACACUCUUGCUACGGAUCCUGAAAGAGCCAACUAUCCAUUGUACAUUCAAGUUUUCCCUUAUGAUCCAGAAUGCAGUGGAAACGUCUCCUUCAUCGCAAAUCCUCCUGUCACGGAUGGAAAGGGAGCUUACUCAUACCUUGAAAAUGUGUCCUCAGUAUUGGCCGUUCCAGCAAAAGACGAUAGCGUAACAUGUCUCAAUUUGAAUAAAACGCUUCCAACAUGCUUUAAAGGAAAUGACCCAAGAUGCUUUCAAAUGUCAAGUCCUACGAAUCGCUUUACUCUAAGCAUCAAUGACUCUUCCCAUCCGGUAAAAGCUUCGUCGAAGGAUUAUACCACUGGGUUCCGUUAUAUGCUUACCCCAAAUAUCACUUUUGAGUAUGUUCACAAUAGUACAAAGAAGAGUGAAAACCAUUCGACUAUUGUGGAUGAAAGUUUCUUGUAUGAAUGUCAUGGUAACAAAAGCUGUGAGUUUAAUUUACGAUUUACAAAUAAAACUCUCGGCGGCUGUAGCGAUGCGAAAACUUGUUUACAGAGCGGCAAAGGAGGGGCCUUUGAUAGUGUGGACAAGUUAAUAAGCACGAUUUACGACCAAGUUGAGAAAAACGGUCGACGCACCGAUGAUUCUUCAUACAUAUCACCCAAAUUAAAGACAAUUUCAAAAUCGAAAUCUGUCAACAUCACGAAAAUUGACGUUUCAGCAUCACCUUCUUCUUCGAAAAGUGCUUCCUCUGGUUCAUCUUCCUCUUCUUCUUCUUCUGCAUCAUCUAUCAUAACCGCUGACAAGUCACUUGUUUUCCAAUUUACUUUACUUACCUUAGCUUUAUUAACUUGUAUAUAAUGAUUUACGCAAAAAUUUCUCUUUAUCAACACUCUUUUUUAAUAAAAUAAAAUAUAUAAAGCUAA